AUGCCCCCUGUUGGGCACUUCAUAAAGCUGCCCUGGGCACAAAGGAGACUUCUGCAAGAUUCAGGACCACCACUACCAGAUGAAGAAGAGAAUGAAACAGAAAUCUGGAAACUGUGGACCAAAUUGAGCAAAGAGGAGCCCCGCUUGCUGGAGAAUCUUGAAGAAUUCCUGGCAAAGGUGACAAGUCAAAUCAGAGAAACCAGAAAAGAAAAGGAAACAUUAGAGAUUAUGUUAAAAAGGAGAAUUUCUGAACAUAAUGAAGAAGUACAACGUCUUUAUGAAGAAAUGGAGCAGCAAAUGCGAGAGGAAGUAAAGAAAUUAACCCACGAGAGUCAUGCCCGGAGCAGUAUCCACAAAAAAGAAAUGAAAAAUGAGAUAGAUUCGAAGAAUACAGAGGUGCAGCAGCUGGUGUCUGUUCAAGAUGAGCUGGAACGAGAGCUCAAGAACCUCCGCGGCACAGAGAAGGUUACAAAAUCAGAGAAUGAGAAAUUAAAACGUACCAACCAAGAUUUGGAACAACAGCUGGAGAAAAUACGAGACCAGCUGUCUGAAGCUCAAGGCUGUUUGAGUGAGAUGAACCAAAAAAUUAUUCAGAUUGAGGCUGAAAAGGAGGCAACAGAUUGUAAAGAUGCCAUGGACAUUUCAAGUACUCAGUUCUACCAGAUUUGUUUCCAGGAUCCUACUCUGAAAGAUCAACAUAAAGAACAGAAGCCUGAAGUUAGUGAUCAGGAAUCUGCAGAACCUCUACAAACUGUUUCCAACUAUACUGAUGACUUUAAAACCUCAAGAUCAAGAGUCAUCUCUAUAGAAGAAGAUCCAAUGCCAGAGUGUUUGGUAAAAGAUUACAGACAUCCUGAAGAGAGUAUUGAAGAAGAGAACUCAUCUCAGGAAUUUACCAUCACACAGCUAUUAGCCCAGAAGGAACAACAGUUUGCUCUAGCAUCAGCGGAUUCUUUUCGUUCUCACCCAGCUGAAGAUAUUUCACCUAAUUCACCUUAUUCAUCAUUCCCUAUCCUUAACAGUCCAGUCCAAGAAGAACAAAAAAACAUGCAGCUAAGAAGUAGUACUCCUAAAAAAGGUACUUUAACUGGAGAUAAUCAAGCAAAACUAGAAAGAGAAACAAAAUGCAUAACACUAUCAGAAAAGACAAGUUCUUCUCAAGAGAUGCAUGGAAACCCAGAUCACAUUUAUAAAAUAAUAUUUGUUGGAAACACAAAUGUUGGAAAAACCUCCUUUUUACAGAGAGUUUAUGAAGGAUCCUUCAACAAAGAUGUAUCUGCUACAAUAGGAAUAGACUAUCAUUUUAAAACUCUAAUCGUUGACAACAAGCAAUAUGUACUUCAGCUUUGGGACACAGCUGGACAGGAAAGGUUUCAUAGUAUCACAGAACAGUUCUUCAGGAAAGCAGAUGGUAUGGUGAUUAUGUAUGAUAUUACAUCUAAGAAAACUUUCACAGAUGUGUGCUACUGGUUGAAUCGUAUCCAAGCAAAUGUUGUUGAUGAUAUUGUUAUUCUACUUAUUGGCAACAAAGCAGACUGUGACUCAGAAAGAAAGGUGACAUUUGAAGAUGCAAAUAAGGUGGCUCAAGAAUACCAGUUGUUGUUUUCAGAAUGCAGUGCACAAUCUGGAGUGAAUGUUAUGGAAUCCUUGAGCCAGAUAGCAAGGUCCUUGAAAGAGCAUGAAGACAAUAUGAAAAAUAGUGUGAUCAAAAUAAAAAGACCCGUCUACCAAAAGGAAACACGCUGUUGUGUAUAAGGACGACCAAAUCAUGGAAAGAUGACACAUGUGAAAUAGUACAUCACACAUCAUUGUACU